GCCCGGUCAAGUACCUCUACUCGUAAUGUGAACAGACACGGACGCGACUCUUUGGGGUUGAUAAUAAAGCCGAAACUCUAUCUACCACCACUGCUAUAUCGCUUCCGAUCCAUCCGCUGCACACGAUACACCUCACAACUCCAGUCCAUCCAACACUAACGUCAAAGCAAACAACAUGCCCUACAACGAGUACUAUGAAGAAAUCCGGCGUCUUUACGUGCCGUCCGAAGACCGUUGCUCCUCCUCCAUUCCGAUAUCCGAGCUAGUCUUCUACAACGACAGCAAAGAGAUCUCUCAACUGCGCAUGAAAGUCAUGUCCAAGCCAGACCCUGUUCCAGACGAGACAAGCCUAGUAGUCUUCAUCGACGGUGCUUGUCGUGACAACGGCCAUCCAAAUGCGCGGGCGUCGUAUGGCGUCUACUUCGGUCCCGCCUCUCCCUACAACACAUGCGGUCUACUUUACGAGUCUCUGCCUCAAACGAGCACACGUGCGGAAAUCGAGGCUUUCCACCGAGCGCUUGCCAUCGUUCGCAAGAUUACGGACGCAGACCUCAAGCUAUCCAGCAUCAAGAUCGCAACCGACUCGAGCUUUCUAGUUAAAGCAAUGAGCCAGUGGAUGGAGCAAUGGAUCGAGGAUGAUGGAGUGGGCUCCAACGGCAGACAAGUCGCCCAUUUCCAGAUCUUGAAGCAGCUGCACGAGACACUGGACCACAUGGAAUAUAGUGACGAGGCGGGUGGCAGAGAGGUGCAGUUCUGGCAUGUACCCAGGGAAAUGAACCGAGAGGCAGAUGCAUUAGCGAACAAGGCUCUUGAUGAAGCUUGAGUUGUAUGCAAACAAGUAAUAUCCCAUGACUGGUGAUGCCUAUGACAAUAUAGUGUAAACAACAACGCCCUACGAAAAUG